UAUCUUCUGUAAAUAAAAACAAAUGUGUAACAUAUAUUAAUAUAUGUAUGUUAAUAUUUCAUAUAUUACUUAAUUGUUUUGCGUUUUAUCAGUCGAAUUUUUUUAGUUGCAAACAUUGAUUUCUCAUUUAAUUUAAGACAGAUUUAAUGUAUAUGAGGUAAUUGUUACGCGUACAAGAGAUGCUGUUAAUUCGUUUUUUAAAGGAAGAAACAACAUCAUUUUGAGAGAACAAAUAAUUUUAUAAAUAUGGUAUUAUAUACACAUAAUUUUUAUAUAUACAGAUCUGUAUACGAAUAGUAAUAUUUUACAUAUGGUAAAUAAAAAAUAUUUACUUGACAUUGCGUGUAAUGAAUCAGGCUGCUACAGAAAAUAUUUAUUGCCAAAGACACAUGAUAUAUAAAACACACAUAUAUGUAAUAAUGUUCUUUAUUAUUGUAAAUACAUUUCCGCUUAUGUGUUUUGCAAAAUAUUAAGACAAAAUUAUGUGUUUUGUGACACGAUCUAUGUUGAUGAUAUUAUUGUUGAAAACUUCUUUCUUAUGUAAAAUAAACGAUAGGUAACAAAUAAAUAGAUAGCAGGAAAAUUGUUACGUGAAUAUCAUAGAAAUAGUGUAAUACUAAUGUAAAAAAAAAAAAACCAUUUGCAAAAUUAUAUUUCUCCUAUUGGAGUGCGUAAUUCUUUAAAAAUAUUUUAUAUAGCAAGGUCUUUAAACACGAUGAGAACGAUUUAUGACACAUUGCUACAAUGUCGCUAUAUUGUAUUUAUCAUUUGUAAUAAAACAGUUUUGUUAGAGUUAUGAUGUGCUAUAGUACAAAUACAAUGGUUAUACAAUGGUUCGAUAUCUAUUAUAUCUUACCUUGUGAUACCAUUCACGAUUUGAAUUAAAUCCCUAAUCCUUGACCUUGGCUUGGUCCUUGCCAGUAAAUCGAUAUAUCGAUAACAUGUUCGGUGAUGUUUGGUGGCGUGUUGUUAGGGCAACCGAAAUUGCGGUACAUUGCAGAGAGAGUACAUUGUGCAAGUUAUAAAAGUGUAUGACAGAAACUUGGAAAAUAUUCUUAUUUAUAGAAAGAUAAACGAGAAUUUUUUAAUACAUUAUGAGUGAAAAUGUGAAAUUUAUUUUGACAGAAAUAAAUAAAUUAUUAGGUCGAAAUUACAAUUUAAUUGGAUUCAAUGCCUUGAAUGCUGAAGAGCUAUUGCAGAUAUUAAGCAAUGUUUUAGUGAAGAUACAAAACCAAGAUGGUUCAGAUAUCGAUGUUAAACUAGAAUCUCCUGAAGAAAAUUCUAUAUAUAUUUUAACAUCUCUUCGCAUUCUCACUUAUCAGCCUGAUGUUGAUCCUGUAACGUUUAAGCAAGGCUUAAUUCGAGGCGAUGUUGAAAUUAUUCAUCCUAUAUUGACAUGGCUUUUAACACAUAUGGAUAUAGUUAAAAAACGAGCAUAUCUCUCACGAUUUCUUGUUAAGAUUGAAAUCCCACCGGAAUACUUGGGAGAUUCAGAAAUAUCUCUUCUGUAUGAACAAUAUUUGUCGCUCGUUGAUAGUUUUAAAACAGUUCACAAAGAAAGAGAAAUAGGAAAGAAGAAUGUCGAAACUACUAAUGAGCUCGCAACAGAUUUGCAAGCAAUGGCAAAGGAGAAAGAAGCAGUUACAGCACGUAUCGGUAGAAUUAAAGCAAAGGCUGAACCUGCGCUACACUUGCUGGACGCCUGCAAAUUGUUACGAACAGAAAGAGACAAAGAACGUGAUUUAAUAUCGCAGAAGGAACAAGAAGAGGAUAUCAUAUCAGAUUUACAGAAUUCUCUUCAACGAGUCGAACGCGAAUUACAAACAUUGCAACGUAAUGGUAUCGGGCUCAGUCCGCAAAUAUUAAUCCAACAUUUAGCAGAGGAAGUAACGGUACAAUCCGCAAUUGUAAACGAAAAGCUUCCGUCUGAGUUAAACGCAAAGAAAAAUCGAAUGAAAGCUCUAACGGUAGUCAAAGGAUAUCCUUAUUUGAGUCCGGAUAAAAUCACAAGUAUGAGGAACGAUCUGGAUAUGAUACUAAAGGAUAUACAGGAUUUAGUCGAAUCCAAAAUAUCCAAAACUGACAUCGACAAAAUGGAGCCAUUUAGACAACAAGCCGCUGCUGUCGGAAAUAUGAAACGGAAUGCUCUCGAACGUUUAGAGAAGAUCGAGAGAACUUUGGAAGAGCUACAGUUGCGAUUACAAGAGAAACAGGAUUAUUCAAAAACGUUGUUGGAAACGUCAAUACCUCGAGCGGAGGAAUUGCAAAAAUAUAUUAAUCGUUUGAAAACUAAAAGUACAGUGUAUAAACGUUGCAAAAUGGAAAUAGCCGGCCUGAAGGCAGAAAAUGGUGUACUUCAUCGAACAGUAACCAUUCUGGAUGGACAGAUUGUCCAUUAUCCAAUGGACAUAGCAUCUAAAGUAAUUAUUCCAGAAAAUUAUACGUCGGAUAAUGCACUAACAACAAAUAUUCAAUUGUCUCAUUCGAUAUUAGCUCUACGAACAAAUCUUGUUCCGGUUAUAAGAGAUAUCAAGACAUUGCGGCAAACAGUACGAGAAAUUGAUGAGAGAUAUCAGAAAGCAUGCAAAAGUCAUAAUACGGUAGAAACGAGUAUGAAAAAUACAACGAGCGAUUUAUUAUCAGAAACAAAACGGUUAAAGGAUAAAUUAUUGAAGGAUAAUGAAGAUAAAGCUCAAUUGCAACGAAAGAUUGCAAAAAUAAAACUUAUAGAAGAAAGACUAUGUAGUGAAGCAGAGACCAACGUUAUCAACGUAGGGCAAAUAUUAAAACAGGAAUUACAGAAUACGAUUGUGGCGGAAGAAGAAGAAUUAAUAAAUUUAAAAAAGGAACAAGAAAAAUUAAAACAACACGUCGUACAAUAUGAAAAGCAAACACAACAAUGGAAUAAUAUUAUCUUAAUCUUUACAUGUAAGAUUCAAUGUGCAGAAGAGAGCAAACAAACCAAUGGCGUAGUCGUGCGGAAUGGAGGCGCCGAAACUUUGGUGUUGCAGUGAUAAUAUUUAUAUAUAAAUAUUUAUAUAUAAACAUAUUAAGAUUUAUACAUAAUCAAUCUUUCUCUCUCUCUU